GUCGCCGACGACAAGACUCCUCCUGAACACAACAUCCAUUUUUACAUUGUGGUGAUUUACUGAACAAAGUCGACAACCAUGCUGACCACGCAUUCCAAGUCACGCGCAGUGAUCGCUUCAUUCAUUGCUCUCGCAUCCGCUAGCAACAGCUGCGUGGCCGAUGCUACUCGUCCCUUUGCGACUUCCACUUUCGUGCCCAAAACCAGACGAAAUGUGAUGYCGAGAAAUCGCCAUUCYCUGAUGCAAUUGCGUGGCGGAGAAGAUGCAACGGCGAGUGCGGAAACAGAACCUAGUUCAAAGGACGAUAAGAGUUUGGACGAAAAAGUUUACGCUGCUAUGGAAAAACUCGGUUUGUCGGGUCCACCAAUCGACGCCGACGACAUGGAAUGCAAAGAUGGGGUUUGCGCUAUGCCAGGGCAAAAGCAGGAAUCUCAACCCGAGAUUGACCCAACCAAAAUGGCUGAUAUGAUAGCCGAAGAGAUGAAUGUUGACUCUCACUUGGCAAUGGCUGCUCUCGCAGCUACGUCUACCGUUGGAGAGGGAGGCAAACGCAGCUUCAACGAAUCGGCUGCAASGGCGAUGAUCCAGCAAGAACUCGACUUGAUUGAAACAAUUCCUGAAGACUCUCAGAACGUGCAAACGUUGACGGGAGAAGGUUUUGAUGUCUUCAUGUCGCGGAGAGCAUUAGCCUUUGCCGAGAACAAUGUCGAGGAUGCUCGUGCUAUCUUGUUGGCAGAUCAAAUGGAUGCCGAAGAGGAAGAGCAAGAAAAGGCCGCAGCUCUUGCCGCAUCUUCUAGCCCUACUGCAUCGGCUGAAGAAACUGAGGCUCAAGCAGAUUUUGUGGAAGUCAAAGCCAAUUUCGAUCCAACCAAAAUUCCAGCGACGGCUCCGACCUCGCCACCGGUUGCACCUGCCAGUAGCAGCAACAGCGAUAACAUGCCAAAACCCGCAAAGAAAGAAGAUGUCGUUUUCGAGGCCACGACGGAUCAGCUUCAGAAACUUGUUCUUGAAUCACCAGUACCAGUUUUAUUGGACGUCUACGCUGAUUGGUAAGAUAAUUUUUGGCGCAGUUUAUUUCUACUUUUAUUUUUUUCGACUUUGCUCAAUUUGUUUCGACCUUUGCGAACUAUCGUGCAGGUGUGGACCAUGCAAAGUUCUUGGACCAGCUCUCGAGGACAUGGCAAUAAAAUCUGGAGGUAUGUUUCGACUUGUAAAGAUCAAUUCCGAUAACGAACGUCCUGUCAGCCAGGCCUUGGAAGUUGCGGCCUUGCCAACAGUCUUUGGAAUCAAAGAUGGAAAAAUUGUUCACAAAUUUGAGGGUAUGCCUAAAUCUGAAGAUAUGAUGAGAAAUUUUAUGAUGGGGCUUUUUGGAGCUGCACCGUUUUCGCCCCCUGUUACCGCUGAUGAGAAAGUAAAAUACGAAGAAAUGACUAGCAAGCUGAUCAAGUCUGCAAGCGCAGCAUCAUUCUCGUUCUCGGCACGAGAACGUUUGACUGAUAGAAUCGUUACGAAAAUGGACGUACUCGUGAAGGAUGAUUCCGUGUCGAAUGUAGAAGACGCGGCGAGGCUAAUUCGAACAUUUAUGAACAACGUCAUCAACAAUCCAUACGAUCAGAAAUAUAGAACGAUUAAUUUGGCAAACAAAGUUGUGGCGUCAAAGAUUGGCGAAAAUCCCUCAUGUCUAGCUGUCUUGAGGAGUGUCGGUUUCUCGAAAUCAGGAACCACAAUGGUGCUGAAAAAGGACCAGAAGGUCAUUAACAUAGCACCGCUUGUGGUCGCGAGAGACACGAUUGACAAGUGGAUUGUAAAGAAUAUGAAGGAAAUGGCCGCUGCUGCUAGGAAACGUCAAGACGAAUUAGAUCGUGCUAAUCUUAACCUCGAAGAGCUAGUCGAGGACGAAGAGGAAAGUGAAGAAGUGGAAGAAAUUGACCCCACGGUGUGUAGAGUGUCGCUUCGAUUAGAUGGGAAAAACAAAGUCCACAAUGCUGAGUUACACCGAGAUGAUCCGUUGAAAAAAAUCCUUGAAGAACUGAAUAUCAAUACGGAAGAGGAUGAAGUCCAAAUAACAUGCGUCGCAAAACGGUUGGUUGUGAAGUCGAAAGACAAAGAAGCGAUGGAGAAGACGCUAGAAGAGCACAAACUGAUGCCUGCGGCUAAUAUUGUAGUCAAGGUGGGAGCUUCGAAGAAAGCAGAUACAUCGAGUAUGAAGGAAAGGGUUGCGGAGAAGAAGAUACGGAAGACGGGCAGUCAUACAAUGCAGAGCAUCGGUGUGUAUGCUAAGGAUGACAACAAUAAGGCGGAGCUCAUUGACGGAGGAGGGGGUGUGUGGUAUGAACAUGACAUUUCUGAUGAUGAGAAUGAAGCCGAGGGCGAGGGCGAUGAAGAUACGGACGACCAGAAGGAUGCGGAAACGACACCUCCAGAGAAGGAAUCUGAGGGAGAAGCUUUGGCCGAAACCGAAUAGAGCAAGACUGGCUAAUCAAAAUUCAUUAACGAG